AUGCCUGGGAGGCAGCGAUACAGCGCUGGGAGAGGUCCUGGGAGCAGGCGUGAGGGCAAUACAGCGCUGGGAGAGGGCCUGGAAGCAGGCGUGAGCUUGAAAGAUGCUUCUCUAGCUCUGACGGGCGUUCAUACAUCACCUGACCUCAGGGUUGCUGUGGUCACCGGAGGGAACAGAGGAAUCGGGCUGGAGAUCUGCAGGCAGCUCGCGAGCAGCGGCGUCCUCGUCGUGCUGACGGCGCGAGACGAGGGGAAGGGCUCGCGGGCUGUGGAGGAGCUGCAGAGGUCCGGCCUCCCCGACGUGAUCUUCCAUCAGCUGGACGUCGCGGACCGGUCGAGCAUCGCGCGGCUGGCGGAGUUCGUCAAGACCAAGUUCGGCAAGCUCGACAUCUUGGUGAACAAUGCAGCCAUUGGUGGAACAACCAUCGAUCCUGAAAGGUUAAAAGAGCUCCAAAAGCAGAAUCCUGAGGAGGAUGUAAGAACUUUUGUGGAUGGUUAUUUGGGAAGCCUGCAACAAAAUUAUGAGCUGGCCAAGGAGUGCCUGGACAUAAAUUUCAACGGCACAAGGGACGUUACAGAUUGCCUGAUCCCCCUCCUUCUGCUGUCCAAGUCAGGAAGGGUUGUGAAUAUCACUUCACAAGUUGCGCAGCUUAAGUUCAUGUCAAACGAGGGGGUGAUAAAGGUGCUAAGCGACAUCGACAACCUGUCGGAGGAGAAGCUUGACGAGGUCAGCAGCACCUUCCUGGCGGAUUUCAAGGACGGCAACCUAGCGGCCCGUGGGUGGCUGCCGGUGGCGUCGGCCUACGCCGCGUCCAAGGCGCUGGUGAACGCCCACUCGAGGCUGCUCGCCAGGAGGCACCCCUCGCUGGCGGUGUGCUGCGUCAACCCGGGCUUCGUGAGGACCGGCAUGAACUACGGCAUGGGGCUGGCCUCCGCGGCGGAGGGAGCCCGGCCGCCCGUCGCGCUCGCCCUUCGGGACGAGCCCGGCGACUCCGGGCUCAACUUCGAGCUGUUUGAUCCGUGCGAGUUCUGA